AUGAUGCCUACCAAAGCUCAGGCGCAUGGCCGAUGGGUCGGUCCGAGCACUAUCUUCUUUGUUCUUCCAAUUGCCAUUCUCUACAUUCUUACGCCAACCCUGAACGGUUUGUGGAAGUCGUUGACAUCUGCCGAGCAUGAUCAGUACGCUGGAGAACUAGCACGAGCAGCCACUUCUGAGGCUUCGUGGUUGAGGUCCGUCAGACGACGCCAUGAUUGGAUGGAGAAGAAUCGCAAAUAUGACGGAACAUUAUUCACACCUAGAGAUGAAUCCUUUCUCUACUGGUACACCAUCUGGGACUUUUUCCCUGCGACCUACACCUGCCCCUGGGAUGUCCAGAGAGUUGGUACACUGGGCGACGGCGGAAAGUGGAUUUGUGGCAUGAGCAAGUACGAGAAGGUCGCCCGACCGCUUCGCGUGUACAGUUUUGGGGUUGGAGAUGACUCGUCUUUUGAAGCUGAAAUGCUCAACCGCUCAACCAAGGCCGAGGUUUGGGGGUUCGAUGAUACCGUUGACGGGUGGGAGCCGGGGUUGGAACAAGACUAUCCCAACCGGACGCAGUUUCUCAAGACUGCCGUAGCGGGGUACGACUUUUACGAUGAGAAGGACAACACGGAGUUUCUGAGCAUCAAGAGCAUCAUGAAGAAGUUGGGUCACGAUUAUGUGGACCUCAUUAAGAUGGAUAUCGAAGGCGAUGAGUUUCCCGCACUCGAGUCCUUCCUGGAAGAAUUCAGCAGAGGCGGGGAUAGAGAAGGGGAGGAAGUCCCGAUUGGACAGCUUGUUAUUGAGAUCCAUGUUCCCGACAAGGGGCCGAGGAUCAGUCAGUUUGCAGAUUGGUGGGAACGCAUUGAGAAUGCCGGGUUUCGCCCUGUUUGGAGCGAGGCGAAUUUACUGGCUGUUACAGUUGGGGAUGGCAAGCCUUGCUGUACGGAGUACACUUGGAUUAAUACUAGGGAUGGAAAGAGUGUGUUGUGGAACAGGGGUUGA